CUUUUGCAUCGCAAAUAGCACACCAGUUGGGCUAUUGAAAGACAUUGGACUCAGUCAUCGUAUAAUAUUUAACGACUUGAUUAUUGCUACUUCUCUACCUUGCGUUCCGCUGACUUGGUUACCUAUUCUCAACCCCGGUCAUUCGCAACAGGCUAGAAGAUGAUCAACGUCUAAAAACUAGCUUUCAUCACUUACCCCAGAUUUUUAUCUUACAUGAUCUUACCAGCGUGGCUUUGUUUCGAUUAAACUGGCACAAUGUCAGGAUUGCUCUACGAAGCCGUAACCCCCUGUCCGUCCAGGGGGAAGACCUCGAGAUUCGACCGCAGCAGCGCGGGGAAUAGCACAUUCAGCCUGUGGGAAGACGACUCGACCUGUUUUGACGACACACAAGAUAUUGAGUUCACUACUGAAAUUAAACCAUCGGUUCUGACUGGAGCCAAACCUAGACGAAAGAAUAAAACGGCAUCAUCUUUUCAAAUACACGAUGAGCACGAGGAAGCACCAGCUCGGCCGGUUACCUCACAGAAAAGAGAAACUCGAAGAACAAUUGCUCCCUCGGGUCGCAAGUCAUCUUUGUUAGCUCAACCUGCUCAACGGUUUCGCCCUAAAGUCAGCUUCGGUCCUAGUCCGUCCUCAGAGAUAUCGCAUGCGCGCAUAGAGCCGGAAUCUAAAGUUCAAAACACAGCAUUAGAUGCAGAGGAGAAUAAGGCGUUGUUGAUGCAGAUCAACGGAAAGGAUAAUGUCAAGAAAGACCCGUUGAAAAAAGACGUACGCCGUGAUACAGUUUACAUUCCCACGGAAGACACCACAGUAGCAAGUGCAUUCAUGGGCUUGUUCAGUCCUAUCAAAUCACAGACCACAAGUGAAAUCGCAAACUUCACCGAGAACACUGAAAUCAACAGUUUGGAGGCACAGAUCGUGAGAAAGCGACAGGCAAAGAGGUCCCUGACAAGUUCUGCACGAAGAGCUCCUCUACAGCAAAGCUCUAAGAUUGCACAGGAAGCUGCUAUUCGAGUCGACGUUGCUGGGAAGAAUGGUGGUAAAGAGAACGUACCCCCUGGAGGUCUUGUUUCCAAGGCUAAAAGCCGCAAAGAUCAAUUCCCUAUUUUCGACGAGUCACAGGCCAAAGGCAUGCCAAUGACUUCGAAUCCAGUCAAACCUCGUUUGAAUACAACAAGUGCUCCUGCUAAGUCUGGGAAACCGCUAGCAGCCAGGACAGUCAAUGCAUCUUCGCGGAGACCUGCACUGGGUGUUAAGGAAAACAAUGCAGCACCGAAAGUCAACGUUUCCCAGAAGAAGGACAUCGCGAAGAACAAAAAAGUGGCAUCUGAAACCAAGACUGUCCCAAGAACCUCAAAAUUGACGAAUCCAUUGAAACGCUCCAAAAUAGACAUUUCCAAGGUUUCUGGACCAUCUGUAAAAGCGAAGAAACUGGAUCUUGAAUACCCAUUGCUCAACGAAAACAUUGCAAGCUCAAAACUGUACGAUGACGGAUGGCUUUCACAUCAGGAAGUGGUGAUAACUCAGUUGGCCAACGGAUUGUUCAACCACAAAAAUGGAAGUCUUGAAACUGAAGAACCUGCUACACUCAGACAUGAACUUCUUGAGAUCUAUCAAGAUGAUUUCUUCCCGCACUUUCAUAAACGACUUCAAGCAUCUUUACUCUAUGGAGCUAUGAGUAUUCCAAAGGACACUCUUGCACGCAAUACGCGGUUGAAGCAGGAUGUUGGUUUAAAGCGAAGGGUUUUGGAUAUUUGGACCAAAACAUACGACUUGCGUGCAUUGAGAGCAGCAGUUGAGACCGUGAUUGGUCGUCAGGUUUCGAACGAUUCCACGACAGACGAGAAGACCUUGAAACGAAAAUUGGAAAGUUUCUUGGAUACAUUUCUUCUACAGAAUGAGGAUAUGAAGCAUCAUGUAGAGACGGGCAGAGACGCAGACCUGGCUGGCCAGGCCUACCGACGCACAAUUCUUCGAAGUAUUAUGAUAGUUGUUCUUUUGGAUAAGGCAAGAUUAACUACCGGAACAAUGCUUCCUCGCCGGCUUUUUGUUUCCUCAUCCCUGUUGAAGUCUUCCGCCGGAGUGAUUCAGAACCUAGCCCGCCUUCUGCUGCCAGCACCUGGGGACAUAAUCAAAUCACUCUACCACGUCGACUGCCAACUGUCCUACAAGCAGCAUGAACUGCAAGAGUACGAAUAUCAAAUCAGCAAUUUAGCCGUGGACCUCAGGGACGGCGUGAGGCUAACCCGAAUCGUGGAACUUGUGCUGUACUCUGCUUCGUGUCCUGACCAGGAUGGGGAUUGGCCACUAUCCCAGCGCCUGAAGUUCCCGUGUUUAAGCCGUGCGACCAAGCUUUACAACGUACAAAUUGCCCUGGACACGUUGGCCUCCGUGAAUGGGGGGAACACCCUAGUCCGUGAUGUUCGAGCCGAAGACAUUAUCAAUGGCCACCGCGAAAAGACCAUUGCGCUGUUGUGGGGGCUAGUUGGAAAAUGGGGCCUGACUGUACUAGUUGACAGGGAUGAAGUGAGGAAGGAAAUCAAGCGACUGAGACAUAAGGCUGCUGCAGUUUGGGGGUACGAUCGCGUUAAAGACGAAACUUGGUAUACGUGGGAUAACUCGGCAGAGAGUGAUGUGUACACCUCCCUUCUGAAACACUGGGCGUGUCUGCUUGCCUGCCUGAAAGGGGUACGAAUCGACAACUUUAGCACAAGCUUCGCAGAUGGUAAGAUCUACGAAAGUAUCGUGGACGAGUAUGAGGGUUAUCUGGGAGUAAGUGACAAUCAAUCUGCGUCGUUGAAGUCCCGGCUUCAGGGAGUGGGAUGCAGUGCAGAGUUUGCCAAUCUCGUGUGUCCUGAUGGCCUCUCACUGUCUCACAUCUUUGAUAGCGAGUUUACGCUCGGAGGUCUUGCCUUUCUAUGCUCGCGACUUUUGUCCGCGUCUCGACGUGCUCGGGCGGCGAUGGUGGUGCAGAGGGCAUGGAGACGCUUUAGAGACCAGCGUGUAUGAAGUCGACCUGUUCAGACGUCAGUUGAAAUCCCAAUAGGAACAGGGUAUGGUUAGGAGUUUGGACUUACUGUAUGAAUAUGGGCAUAGCAUGGGCAUAACAUGGACAUGGAUAUUAUUCGGAUUGCAUAUUACCAAGCGUGUAUAACUACUCAUUCACAAUCACAUAUCUAAUUACACAAUCAACAACAAGAAUAUGAAUAACCGCCCUUUAAGG